GCUGGCCAGUGCUGCCCAUAGGGGAAAAACAGUUAUGCGUACAUGCAACAGCUGCUGCUCAUGAAACACAGCUGCUUGCAAAAAAAUAUCGAUAUAUAUAUAUAUCGAUAAAAAUUAACAGCCGUAGCGGGUAACAACGUUCAGGAAGUUUCGCAAAGCAAACUAUUUUAUUGCUAAUUCAAAUAUAAUUUUGUGGAAUUAAUGAUGAGUGCCAUGUCAAGUGGCUCAUGGAUCAGUGCUGUAUUUGAUGAAGUAGCGCUUGAAGGCCUAGAGGGCGUUACCUUACCGUCCUUGUGGAUCCUGCUAUCCGAGCGUCUACAGAUUGGCACGCCCUUGCCCGAAAUCUUGCAGCAACAGAUCUGGACAUUGCUGCUGCGCUCGGAUAAAAAAGUUCAGUUCUUCGAACUACCUGUUCCGCGUGAAUUUGUGCCGAUUUACAACCGCCUCAAUGAUCACGAUGAAGAACUUGGGGUUCCAGUGCAGGCGGAGAAAUGUCCUUUCCAGCGCUAUCCCUAUGCUCCUGUGCAUGAUGGAUCGAAUAUGGGCAAUUGUAUCGAUUAUAUGACGCGCAAGUUGCUCAUUAUAAGCGAACUAAGCGGACUGACUGCAGCACAGGCCACAGAAAAAUGGGGCCAAAGGCUGGUUGUGGUGGCCUCGCAAGAAGAGCGCUAUAUAGCGCUGACACCUCACAAUGUGCAGCAGCCGAUCGAUCUGACGCCGCAACAAUAUGUGGUGUGGGAGGCCGUGGGACGCUCGCGCUACAAUGGCGAAACGACGGUGGGUCAAUGGUCGCUUUUAAAUUUCGUCAAAGACGCCAAUCUCAUGUUCUACAUAAAGAACAAGCUGCUGCAACUGCAACUUAUUACGGAUCAGCCGUACACGGAGAUGCGUUUCGAGCGCCUAGCUUACGCCAGAUUGCUUAUGCUGCCGCGUUUCUUUCGCAUCUACAAAGCCCACAUGCAAAUGGUAAUUGAAAAACUGUUCUUGGAGCUCAAGAGCAGGCCAACGGGCCAAAUACCUGUCACAGAACUGCAAAUGUGGAGUCCCAGUGUUAACAAGCAUAAAAGUGUGAAACGCCUAAUGACAACGCAUGCGUUUCGCAAAGUAUUUGAGAACCACAUUGUCCUGGAAUCCUCGAUUCGCAAGUCGGGCAAGCCCACAGAGCGAAAGGUGUCAGUUCUACAGCUGCGGAAUCCCAAUAUGACCUUCGACCAACUCUAUCAGGGGGAACCCGAAGUAAAGGAAGAGAAGGGUCAUGAGUAUCUGAGCGUACGCCAUUCCUACAUAGACAUGCCCGCCGAGGAUGAGUGUCUUCGUGCAAUCGAACGCUUUGGCACACGUGGGGUUGGUAUGCAUGAAUUGUCGAAUUUCGUAGGGCUUAAUACCCUUACUGUACGGGGUAUUAUACGCUUUUUGCUGCGAGAGAAACAGAUAAAGGACUAUCAGGAACACGUGGGAAAGCAGCGAAUCAUGCGCUAUGUAUCGGUCAAGCAAGCUGCGCAGGUGGAUGAGAAAAAGGAUCAGCUGAAGAAAACGCUACAAAAACUGCAGUGCAAAGAGGAACCGUGCGUGACCGAUAAUGCGGACGUUGUGCUCUUCGAUGUACCAGAAAUUGUCGCGAAUGUGUUGCCGCUGGUAUUGCAUUUCAAGAGCAACUUUCUGGAUACGAACACACAGCGACAGGUGCAGCGCAAGUCCUUAAUUGUGCAGCAAAUUGACGAGUGUUGUUUGCUGCCGGUCGCCGAUCUCCGUCACAGGAUUCAGGAAGCUGAAAAACAAAUGGGCUAUCACGAUUCGAUAUGCCACAAAUCUCUGCUGCGUCUGCUCUACACACUGCGAGAGGCGAAAGUCCUUAACGUAUAUCAAGUAACGCUGCAGCAUAAAAACCAGGUGCGGGUACAUCGCUUGGUAACACAUCCCAAAAUUGUGGUGGACCAUAUGCAGAUGCAGCGAGCAGUCCUGCGGCUAAAGAAUAACUUCCUCCUGAAUAUUGAGGAUCGCAAGCAGCCAAAGAAUGCUGUAGCCAAGCAGAUGAGGCCGCGUGUAGAGAACGUGCAGCGGAAGUUGCGAGUGGAGCGCUUGGGACAAAACGUUCGCUAUAAGCUCCCGAAAUUUAUAGUGGCACGUGCGAUGCAUGAGUUCCUCUUCUACCUGACCCGGGAGCUCCCGACGGAUAAGAAACCCAUGCCCAUCAGUAUAGAGUUGCUGCAACAUUGGCAGCGCAGCGAACCGACCUUGAUGCCCAAGGAAUUCCUGGAGGAGUGGCAGUCGCAGAACCAACCAAUACAGGCCUUUUCGAACGAAAUUAGUUGGCGGACUUUCAUAACACCCGUGCAAUGUUACGAUGAGAAACCAUCGGGUUGGAUUUAUUUCAUGGAUGCCGUCGAUCGCAUGCCUCUCUCUUUGUUCCAGCGCAUCUUCCGGCUCGAAAAUAUUGAUACGGACCGACUGGGUGCGUAUGUAAAGCAUCCAGUGAAGCAGCAUUAUCUAAUGCGGCAGCUACCAAUGGAACUGCAGGGGGUAUUGCCCCGCUUGCAUCAGCAAAAUCUCUAUAUGAACGCGCUGCGCCUGCUGAACAACAUGGGAUUGGUGCAGGUUACGGAUCGUAAGUUGGGACGCAACCCUCUUUACUGUUGGGUGUACGUGAAUCGCCUUACCACUCUGCUGGACACCACGAGCAGCGACUGCAACUUUAAAAUGAUCAAUCCCAAUUUGAAAUACGAGGAUAUACCCUUUCAGUUCGCCGAUCGUGAGGAUGUGGCACAUUAUUGGGCGCGACUUCAACAGAUUUGCAUGUAUACUAAGCUAGGAUUUCGUAGUAAAUGCGAUCCAGCUGGCCAUAAGCGUUGUGAACGGAUCAAGCCCCUGGUAUUUCUUAAAUACGUGGAGGACUUUGAAAAGGCACCCAUUGAUGAUACAGGACAUUUGCCAGGCGAUCAUUUGGGUGCUGCUGGCCUCAGCUCCGUGCUGUAUGCCCAUCAUUUCCAUCACUGGUCGAUGGUGCAGAAUAAAGGAGCAUCGUCGCUGGUGGUGCGUCAGAAACUACCCAAGACGGUGAAGCUGACUAUGCGGAGGACGUUACAGAAGGCUCGCGGUAAGACGGGUAGAAUAAUCAAAGGAACCAAGGAUGGGACUGCCGGUAAAAGCAAAAGUAAAGGCCCACGGGAUGAUGUCGAUCGCGAUGCCCUGAAGAACAUGCGCACUCUGCGCGUCUCCUGGGCAGCCGAUGAGGAUCGUGUGCUGAAGCUGGCACGCGCCAUCUCUUUAGUCAUCGAUGCCCCGGUGGCUACAUUUGGUCUCUUCAAUUUGGGCACUAUUUGUCGGGAUGUGAUACGCGAAUACCUCGGAAUACGCAACAAAACAAUUCAGGCUUGUGUCCGUCGUUUGCAGUUUCUAAUGAAGAAGAAAAGGGAUGUGCCUGAUGUUACGAACUGGGUAUACACCAUACAGACCGAACCGGAAUUCAAUGUUAUUAACAAUGUAAAUUUUCUGGACGAGCUCGCACGAGAAUAUCCCAUGCGUACGGAAUAUAAUGAGGCCCUGUUGGUGCAUAUCGUGCUGGCGAUGAUCAAACUGAAUCGAUUGGUCAAAGUGAAGAGUCGUUCUGCUGCACCAAAGUUUUUAAUUCCCGACCUCUUGGAGGACUAUCAGAAUCAGCUGCGUGAGUGCUCGCCAUUGAGUGGUGAUCAACAGCUGCACCACAGUGAUCCGACCACAGACGAGGAGCUGCAGUCGACUAUGGUGCAAUGUGUCCUGCAUAGUCAACUCUGCUCAGCAAAGGAUAAGACACUCUACAAUUUGCAGGCUUUCGAGAUAUAUAAGAAUUUCUCGGAGAGUGUUCUCAAUGCUGCAUUUCUGAAGGCCCGAACCGAUGGUCUUGUCGUGGCUCUGAAACGUCGCAACAUUCACAUGAUCAGUCGAAAUCUGUCCGGUCCCACAUAUUUGCUCUCCUCCAAGUACAAAAAUAAGUUAAUCUAUGUAAAGGUCAAUUAUGUGGUCUUCGAAGCAUACUUUAGUUUUGCUAAGAACGCACUGAAGAAGCUGAAAGAGACGCAAUUGGAGCCAAAUACGUUAAAAUGUGUGGAGCUACGAUCGCCAAAUUUCGCACAGCUCUUCUUCAUAGGUGAAGGCCUGUCAAAGGACCUUUUGCGUGUAUCUUUGCAAUUGCCAGCCAAUAUACUCACAGUUGAUACAAAGAGCAUGGCUCGGGACAGUGUCUCUGGAUCGGACCGCAUUUUGGAUCAUUACAGUAGCAUUUUUGAUAAUGCGCCGCAGACGGAAUAUUCCAAGCGCAUGGAAAGCGAAGGCAGUGGCAAACAGUCGUCUCGGGUACGCUUCCAUCCGGGCAAUCUAAACUAUAAGUGGCAAUGCAGUCCCUAUGAUCUGAUCUCUAAGUUACCGCAACGCGUGAUGCAUUUCUUUUGUGCGCUCAACAAUAUUGGCCAGCCUCUGCAGCUGAACUUUGCAAAGCUAAUGCGUCGGGAUCAUGUGGAUGGUGGCUUCGUCGACAUACCCGAGUGCCCCUUUUCAUGCAUCAUGCGUGCGGGAAACUAUUUAAAUGCCGUGGAGCGUAUUGUGCACGAGCAGCGGGAAAUUUUGCGGCAACUUGUGGCGGACACUUUGCCACAAACUUCCAUCCAUUUGUUGAACAGCGGCACCAAUACCAUUUUCAUAGAGUCCGGCACUCUGAUAUCUUUGGUGCGACAACUCGAAAUGUAUUGGCGUGAACAGGAGCAACCAUAUGAGAUCAAGGAUCUGGGCAAGACCAUGGCAGAACGUACACUUCACAGGUUAACCGACUUGCGAGCAAUUUGUCUGGCACUGCUCGACUACGAUCCGCAAAUGUGGGAUGCGGAUCGUGCCAAAGAAUCCGAACCGGCCAUUAACAAAGAGGAACGCGCUCGAGCUCAGGAUGUGUUUGUAGUCCAUUUGCCCAAAAUUAAGCUUCAGCUCAGUGCAAAGCAUGAGAUGGACGUGGAACUAUCAAAGAUCAUGGAGCAGGAAAUGGAAAGCCUAAACAAAGCUGUACUGGAUAAGGUGGCCAAGGAAACCUACUGGAACUACACCUCCAAUACUUUUGAGACGUUGCGCCCGCUAUUGGUCCAGCAAAAAUAUGACCAUCAGGCUAUACUACACAUUGAGGACAUUCUGAAGAAGAUUGAGCAACAUCCUUUGGGGAUUAUGGGCACUGAAUUGAGGUGCGUUUUCCCGCUGGGAAAAUUUUUACUUGAGGCCCUAAAUUUGCUAGCCAAUCACCAUCUCAUCAAGCGUGUAGGCGUUGCAAAUUUCGUAUAUGUGCAUAAGCUGCACAUACGGAACUGGGUCGUCCACACCUUCCACAUGAAACGCCUGAAUAGGGAACGUGUGGUGCCAGCUGAAGUGGCCAAUACGCCGUCAUUGCCGCUCGCUGUUGUUAAUGAGGCUAAACGGAAAAGGAAGCUAGUGGAAACGGCUGAGGCAGAUGAGCAGCCUAGCACCAGCAAAAAGGCUAAACUAGCAGAUGUGGAGCAGACAUCUAGUGCAAGCAGCGUUGACACAAUCGAUGACGAACGGCCACGGCGUAACCGCCAAGCCAGUGGCGCUGCGAUGGCCGAGGCAGACUUUCUAGCCGCUACUGUUGCGGAGAUGUCCCGCGAAUGCAUUGUGAUGCGUCCACAGCCCUGGAUUCGUUUGAAUGCAACCAUAAAUCGAAGAGUCCUCGAUCGCUGGCUGAGCACGCUUGUCAGUGAAUGCAUCUCUCGCAAUGGCUGCACCGUGCACAGCAUUUUCCAGCGUUAUCCCAAUCUGGCGCCUGUUGACAUAAUGCUACUGUUGGAGCUGCUGCGCAUCCUGAAGUGCAUACAUCUGAUGGAGAUUCAGCAGCAGUCGGUGCAAGUGGAGAGCGAAUAUGAGGAGUGCCGAGAGGAGGAAGUCACAGAGCUCUACGAGCCAGCCAUGACGUAUAUUGUAACGCACAGCGAUGCAGUUGGACGAUUGUCCAAUUUCAUUGGUGUUAAGAAAUACAACAUCGAAUUCAUAUAGCUUCCGAGUAACAAAUAAAAAUAACCUUUUUUCAAACACA